AUGGCUUCAUCAAACCUUAAUAAGUUUGAACUUCUGCUAUAUAUGCCAUUGUCAUCCGAUGAGUCUGAGUGGCCUCUUUUUCCAGUCUUGCCUUCAUACGGGAGAGGCAGAGAUGCUCCUGGUGGAAGGUUUAGCAGUCUCAUUUUUGGAACAAACCUCACCGAUGUCGUAAUUACAGGUAACAACGGCACAAUCGAUGGGCAAGGUACUUCUUGGUGGAAAAAGUACAAAGCAGGUCAAUUGAAUGAAACCCGACCCUACAUGAUUGAGAUCAUGUACUCUAAUCAAAUCCAAAUAUCUAAUCUUACUUUGGUCAAUUCUCCCUCGUGGUUUGUCCAUCCUAUAUACAGCAGCAAUAUAACAAUCCAAGGGCUCACUAUCCUUGCACCAAUUGACUCUCCUAACACAGAUGGCAUAGACCCAGAUUCAUGCUCACAAACUAGAAUUGAAGACUGCUUCAUAGUCUCUGGGGAUGACUGCAUUGCAGUAAAGAGUGGAUGGGACCAAUACGGGAUCAAAGUCGGGAUCCCAACAGAGCACCUUGUGAUCAGAAGACUUACCUGCAUUUCACCAGACAGCGCUACCAUUGCUCUAGGCAGUGAGAUGUCCGGUGGAAUUCGUGACGUUCGCGCUGAGGACAUCACAGCCCUUAGUACUCAAUCCAGUGUAAGGAUCAAAACUGCCCAAGGAAGAGGAGGUUAUGUCAAAGACAUAUUUGUGAGAAGAAUGACCCUCAAGACUAUGAAGUAUGUUUUCUGGAUGACUGGCUCUUAUGGGUCUCAUCCGGACCCUGGCUUUGAUCCUAAGGCAUUGCCUUUGAUCCAGAACAUCAACUACAAACAGGUUGAGGCUGAGAAUGUUACUUACUCUGCAAGGCUGGAGGGAAUUCCUACUGAUCCUUUUAAGGGAAUUUGCAUUUCUAAUGUGACUAUCACAUUGACUGAGAAGCCCAAGAAAUUACAAUGGAACUGUACCAACAUUGCGGGAGUUACAAGCAACGUGACUCCAAAGGCAUGCGAUUUGUUGCCGGAGAAGAAAGAAGUCAUCGAUUGUCCUUUCCCGGAAGAUAGGUUGGCGAUUGAAGAUGUUAAGUUAGUGACAUGUUCUGCCAGUCUCCCCUUCUUCUGAGAGUCAUGUAAUAUAUGGGAAUUUCGAUGCUCAAAUAAGGUAGCAUCCUCUGUUUCAAAUAUAUAGGAGUCUGAAUGACAAAUUGACAAUAAAAUAUAAGUAGCUUUCCAAG